CCAAUCAGCUAUGGACUCAAACACCAUAUCCCCAAGAAGGUACCAACAAAACCAUCAUCAGCAUCAGCACCACCCAACAACAACCCUUCUUCCUUCUCCACGUCACAGUCACAACAACUCAAGCAGCAGCAGUAACAGCAGCAAUGGACACCACCACCACCACAACCCUUCUCAACAAUUGCCACCAUUAACACCCACCACACCCACACCCACACCCUCCUCUUACCCUCCAAAACCCAUCACGAGAUCCGAAUCCGCCAACCCGUACCCGACAACCUUCGUCCAAGCUGACACCUCAUCCUUCAAGCAAGUUGUCCAAAUGCUCACCGGAACCACCGAGACGGCGAAGCAAGCCUGCUCCGCCUACUCCGCCGCCAUCACCAAACCAACCUCCGAAACCAAAACCCACAUCCCACCCAUCAAAACCACCAUCCCAAAGAAACCGCACCAAUCAGGGUUCAAGCUCUACGAGCGUAGAAACUCCCUUAAGAACCUUAACAUCAACCCUUUGCUCCCUGUUUUCUCCUCAAACAACGCUUCAGGGUUCUCUCCUCGGAAGCCUGAGGUUCUGUCUCCCAGCAUCCUCGAUUUCCCUUCGCUUGUUCUUAGCCCUGUCACUCCCCUCAUACCCGACCCGUUUGACCGAUCCGGCACUGCCCCUUCCGGGUACAGUGCGAUUGGGAGCCCCAUUUUGGAUACUGAGGCUGAAGAGAGAGCUAUCAAAGAGAAGAGCUUUUUCUUUCACCCUUCUCCGGCAACCACUCCCAGGGACUCUGAACCUCGCUUGCUUCCCCUGUUCCCUAUAACUUCUCCCAGAGCUUCUGGUUCUUCUUCAUCGUCUUGAAUUAUUUAAAUUUCAUUUUUUUUUUCUUUUGUCUUCUAGAUUUUGUGUAAGAUUCUUAUAUAUAUUAAUGGCAUUGAUGAGGAUGAGAGAGAUAAAUUUG